AUGGCUGUCUCGUUUACGACCGUCGUCCUCCAGUAUCUACCGAUUGCACUUGUGCUGUCAUUUGUGUAUGCAAUUACCUUGGGCAUAUACCGCGUGUACUUGAGUCCGCUGUCACACAUUCCAGGCCCAAAACUUGCGGCCGCAACGCGCUGGUAUGAGCUCUACUACGAUGCCUACAAAGUGGGAAAAUUCUACUUUGAGAUUGAGAAGAUGCACGAGAAAUACGGCCCCGUCGUCCGCAUCAACCCAUUCGAAGUCCAUAUCUCUGAUCCCACUUACUAUAACGAGCUGUACAACAUGAAGCUCAGACUCCACAAAGACCCAUGGUACUAUUCAUGGCUCUACCGCCCAGGCUCCAUCUUCGCGACCAUGAAUCCAGACCUCCACAAACUGCGCAGCGCACCGAUAAAGAAAGGCCUAUCACCCACAAGCAUCUCCCGCGUAGAGCAUGUUCUCAAAGAGCACCUCUCCCGCCUUAUGCUCCGCAUCCAAGAACACAAAGACCGCGGCCAGCUCAUCCACAUGACUAGCGCAUAUCGCGCGCUCGCAACCGAUAUUGUGACGGAUAUUUCCUGUCCCAAGAGCCUGCACCUGCUGGACAAGCCCGGCAUGGGCCACGAGUUCCACGAGGCGAUCGCAAACUACACCAUGUUUGCGAUCUGGAACCGGCAAUUCACCUGGAUCGGGCCGCUCCUGGACUCUCUCCCACGCUGGCUCGUCGCGCUGCAGGGCGACGUCGCCCUCGGCAUCAUUGACUUCCUCGUUGGUCAAGAACAACAGGCCGAAGACGUGAUCAAGAACGAUGGCAAGCCGAUCGGCACAAAGUCCUUCCCCGUCAUCAUGAACGAAGUCUACAAGUCUCCGGACAUACCGCCCUCUCAGAAGACCCCGCGGCGCCUGUUCGAGGAGAUAGCAAUCCUCAUCGCUGCAGGCAGCGAGACCACCAGCAACUCCUUACUCACAACGACAUACCACGUCCUCGCAAACCCAGAGAUCCGCGCAAAGCUGCAGGCGGAACUCCGCACCGCCUUCACAGCGGAGGAAACAAGGGGGGUCCUGAGCUACAAACAGCUCGAGCCCCUGCCCUACCUCACCGCCGUCAUCCACGAGGGUCUGCGCCUCGCAACAGGCGUAUCCGGUCGUCUCCCACGCAUCAACAAGAUCGCGCCAACCCUCUACACAAACCCCUCCACCCACAAAACUUACACGAUACCACCCAACACGCCCGUCUCCAUGACCACGCGCUCCAUGCACUACAACGCCGCGUGCUAUCCCUCCCCAACUACCUUCCUCCCUACACGAUUUCUCGGCGAUGAGAAGAAGGAGAGUCUGAAGUGGUUUGCGCCGUUUGGCCGCGGCGCGAGGAGUUGUGUGGGACAGCAUCUCGCGAUGGCGGAGAUGUAUAUGGUGAUUGGGAAUUUGUUUGCGAGGUGGGAUGUUAGGCUGGGUGAGGGCGUGGACGAGCGGGAUGUCGACAUGGCGCAUGAGUGUUUUGCGCCGUUUCCGGAGGUGGGGAGGGAGGGGGUGCUGCUUGUUAUUGACGGGGAUGCGAGGUGA